UCCAACGCGGCUCUGUUUUGUUUUGAUUGCUUAUUUGUUUGAGCCGCAUUAUCAGCAGGCCUCACUGGCAGGAACAAUGUCAGCGGACUACUCCCAUCUGAGUUCCGCCAUCCUGGAACAAUGUUUUGGCAAGGUGGUGCAGUCUGUGGCCGAUUGCCUCUUCUCGGCCACCACGAGGACCUUGGGUCAGAUCACCAGUGCCACCAAGUUCUCACGCAAGGAAGUGGCUCUCGCUCUGGCUGUACUCGUUAAGUACAGGUUGGUGGACUUCUCGGCCUCUAAGCAAAAUCCUUUUCUGGCGGAGUACGCCCUCCGGCGAGAGGAUAUCCUUUGCCUUCUGCGGUAUCCACGCUACGUGCACCUGGUUCAAACUAAAUACGGAAAUGUUGGUGCUUCCAUAGCCGAGGAGCUUAUUAGUUCUGGAUCAGAUACUGCAAGUGGAAUUCUGAUCAAAUGCCUAACAGAGGGCGAGAAUAAGUCGGAAAGCCCAGAAGCCUAUCGCAAUACCUUCCUCCAAAUGAUAACUGACCAUUAUAUCAUUAAAAGGCCGGAACUAUUGGUGGCCGAAGACCAGGAUGAAAGUGUGCCGAAAUUCGAAAGCAAUGAGUGCGACUUUUUCAGGCAUCCCAACAUUGAUCUUCAGUUGCUCGCUAAAAUUCGAAAGGGCGAUGCUACUCUGGCGGAAGCCAAGGACAACUCUAUGGUCUGGAACCUAAACUACGAUCGGUUCCACCAGGACUUUCGGGACACCAUAAUGGUGGAUGCCAUUGAAAGAAAACUUGGGGAAAAUGCGGCAGAGUGUUUUAGAUUUAUUCUGAAAAUCAUGUACAACACAACUGAUCCUUGGCAGAGAAAACUUUCGAACCAGAUACCUUUUGUGGAAAUUAAACAGGCAAUCGAAAGAAAAUCGAAUAACCUUGAUCUUAUGAAGUAUUUGGACCAGUACAUAAGCUUGUUAACGGACGAUUCAAUGGGAUUUUUCCGGAGAGUAGGCGACAUGGGUGGGGGAGUGUACGUUGUGGAUAUGGAACAUGCAUUUGAAUCGCUAGCUUUUGCUUGUGUCGAGUGUGUCAUUACUGAACGUUUUGGCUCAAAGGCAGCACGGAUAUUUCGAGUAAUACGAUGCAAGAAGUACAUUGAGCAGGAGGACUUGCAGAAGGAAGCCAUGAUCCCCUCUAAAGAGGCAAAAUCUCUGGCCUAUAGUCUGUUCCAGGAACAGUUUAUACAUGUGAAGAUAAUUAAGAAGCCUGGAGGAGGCAGCAAUGGCCCAGCCAAAUCAUUUUAUCUUUUCCAAGUUAGGGAAAAGGAUACGGUGCGUAUGUUGCUAGAUGCCAGUUACAAGGCUCUUUAUAAUACUAUCGAAAGGUCUAACUUUGAGAAAAAUGAGCACAAGGGUCUAAUUGAAAAAUCACAAAGACUUGACAGUAUAGUGGAGACAAUGAAAGAACGCGGCGAGACUGACGAAUAUAUUGCCGAGAUUGUUGAAACAUUUACACCACCCGAAUGCGAGAUCCUUAAUAAGGUAAAGAAUCGGAUAAAGACCUUGUCAAAGGCUGAACUAACCCUGGACGAUACCAUCUUCCUUUUGCAAAUGUAUCAGCAUCAUUGCACUUCGCUUCCGACAGGCAUUCGAAAAUUUAAAUAAAAAAAAUUCAAUUUAGGGAA